UCCGGAGCCCUUGAGUGCCUGGCCAAGGGCACUGGGGAUGGGGCCUGACUGGAGCUCGGGAGAGGCGGGAGAUUAGAAGGCAAGCAAGGCGAGGGGGGCAGUCUGGGAUGGAGACAGAGGAGUAGCAGCUUGGAGUCGCCUGCAGGAACUAAUGCUGUGAAGGUGCAAAGCUGCUACCUCGCAGGAACAGGGGUUCCUGUUCAAUUUGAGCUAGUUUAGCUGUGAAACACUGAAAUAAUGAAACCGCUUUCUCCGACCCGGAGUCCCACCGUCCCCCAUCUGGCAUGGUUGGGAGGUGAAGGCAGACGCAUCUGGAGGACACCCCCCGAGGCCUUGGACGGGAGCGGGAGGGCGGCUCUGGGGGAGCGGUGGUGGAAGUGCGGACUCCAGCGGCAUGGCUUCCAAGCGUCCUUCUGCCGGGCAGCUCGCCGAGUGACCUUGGGCGGUUGCGCGGCCUCAGCUUGCUUCACCCACCGCAUAAAAUAGUUGCUAAGAUAAAAUGGAAUGGGGAGGCAGUCCGCUGACCCUAAUUCGCCAGGAAGAAAGAAAUGGCACUAAACUCAUUGAACCUAUUGGCUGUCUGGCCUUCAGGCAAAAGCACACUCUCCCUGAUUUGCCUUAUGAUUAUGGUGCCCUGCAGCCUCAUAUUAGUGCAGAAAUUAUGCAACUUCACCACAGCAAACAUCAUGCCACUUACGUAAAUAAUCUGAAUAUUGCUGAAGAAAAAUAUAAAGAGGCCUUGGCAAAAGGAGAUGUGACUGCUCAAGUGUCCCUUCAGCCAGCUCUGAAGUUCAAUGGUGGAGGUCACAUCAAUCACACUAUUUUUUGGACAAACCUUUCUCCAAAUGGUGGAGGGGAGCCCCAAGGGGAGUUAAUGGAGGCCAUUAAGCGUGAUUUUGGCUCCUUUGGGAAUUUCAAGGAGAAAUUGACAGCUGUUUCAGUUGGAGUGCAAGGCUCAGGAUGGGGAUGGCUAGGCUUCAGUAAAGAGCAAGGCCGACUGCAGAUUGCUGCCUGUGCCAACCAGGAUCCUCUCCAAGGAACCACAGGUCUCAUUCCCCUUCUAGGAAUUGACGUAUGGGAGCAUGCAUAUUAUCUCCAGUAUAAAAAUGUUAGACCUGACUAUCUGAAAGCUAUCUGGAAUGUGAUCAACUGGGAAAAUGUAUCCUCAAGAUAUACAGCUUGCAAAAAGUAAAACAGGAUUCUUGUGCAGCCUAGAGCAAGAACCUUGAUGUUCCCUUGAUAAUUUUUAUACUCAUAGUUAACAAGUUUACUUGAUAAUUGCACCACUUGAAAAUAUUCUAGCCCAUCAAAAUGCCCACCUCUGCACAGUGAAGCUAAAUGUUUGUCUUAUUUGGUGAAAUAUUUUUGAAGUGCUAAUCUGCUUUUCAAAUCAGGAAUUCUGUUACCGUACUUUGAAAGAAUAUAAUUUCUUAAAACAACACAAUGGGAUUAUAGCUGAAGGGCCUCUUGAUAAUGAUGCUUUCAAAUUUCUAACAUGUAAAGAAAAACUAGGUGUAUCCAGUUCAGGAAGAUCUUACAAACAAGGUUUCAUAAAAGCUUGAUAUGAGUUUGUCAGAUUCUGGUAGUGCUUCAGUAAAAAGCAAUCCAUUAUAAUUUCCUAGAGGCUUGGCAAAUGUUUGUUCAUUACAAGAUCAGAAUUUCUGGUGUGUGUGUCAGUUACUAAAGACAGUGGGUUAGCUUUAAUAAAAUAUGCUCUACCAAAAGGGAAAAUAAAAACUAGACAUAAAUUGUAUAGGUGGGAUAUCAGAUUUGUGGUAUGAGUAUGAAUGUUUGUCUUUUGUAUAUUCAGGUGGGAAAUGUCAAUUUAUUGCUACUUCUGUAGGAUACUGUUAAUAAUGAAUGAUCAAAUUGUUAUUAUCUGGUAAUGGUCUAGCUGGUUUUUGCCCUACAGUGUUUGAUUGGAAAUGGAAGUUCAGUGUCAAAAUAAAAUCUAAAAACAA